GGGGCCAUGUUAGUGACGCCACUGUCAAAGGGGCGGGGAUUCUCUCUGCGGUCUGUUGUUGUUGUUCGGCUCGACGGAAGCUAAAAGCUAAUAGCUUCGCACGGAAAUGCGCUCACACAUACUAUCAGAUCGACACUACUGCUGCUGACUCGGUGCCGGUCCCGUGAGCUCGGAUUGACCCGGUUCGGGCCCCCCGCUCCGGGUCGGAUGACUCUGUCCCGUUAGCAUGUUGAAGCUAACGGGCCGGUGUUCUUAGCGUCAGCCUGUUAGUCGGCAGCUAGCGGCUCUUUGUUUGCGAGCUAACCGAGGUUCUUCACAUUAUGCGGACCAACCUUGUUAACGUCCCGUUUAGCGGCUCGUGUCUGUGUUAAUUGAAUGCCGGGUUUAUCGGUGAGAUCCGUUAUCCUCGGUAGCCGCUCGGUUCGGAGCCGAGGUCUGCUAACAGCUGACAUGCAGCGCUCAGCUCUGUGACCUUGGACUCUUCACCAUUAUCUUCAUCAUAACAUCAGGGUUAGCAUGGCCCUCAGAACAGACUGCAGGCAGGGUGUGGUUUGCCUGCUCCUCCUCACAGGUAAGUGCAGACUGACCUGUUGUCAGGUGUGUACACUUAUGUUUUGUUCUGAUGACGCCGGGUCCUGUCUCUUUAAGACUUCCCCCCUUUCCUGAAAACCUACUUUGUCCUGAAUAAAGUGCGUCUGGAAGACUGCAGAAGGGCAGGGCUGUACACCUGUAACCAUACAAGGACAAAGUAUUACAAGCUAGUGUUACUUAAUUUAAUGUUUAACAUAGACAUGUGGCAGGAAGUGAUUGUGGGCACUUACCAGUCUAAGUUAAUAGCCUUCCAGGAUUAACUGUCACCCAGAUUUUAUGUCCCAAAAACCUGGACCUGAAUCUGUAAUAUUUCACAGUACAGAUCUUGCUAUAUCAGUGUGUGCUCAGGGCCCCACAGUGCGUUACUGCAGCAUCCAAUCUGCUCCAAAUCCACCAGUAGAGAAAGCGGAAGUACAAUGGAGAGGCAGAUGUGGAAGGACAGACCAUCUAGUAGUGACAGCUGCAAAUGGCUCUUACAGAUUACUUUACAUUCGGUCUGCUGUGAUCUGUUGACAGGUGUCACUACAGCCAUUACUCCUUUUUUCUGUGUAGUAAGCAUAGCAGUUGGAAGAUAUCAAUCAGUUUCUAUUAAAGCUUGAAGAUGUUGAGCAUGGUUCAGUAAUAAUAACAAUCACGAUAAUGAAACGGUCUAUGUAAGUGAUCAGGGCUUCACAAGUAUCUUAACAGGGACCAUCUUCUCUUAACCACUUUGGGCUGGAGUCAGAAUGACACGCAGGUACACCUGACUAGGUCCUGUCCACCACAGGGCUAGCACUUACCACCAAUAAGAAUCACCAGUUGACCAGCAAGCUCUUUAGUCUGUAGGAGAACAGAUACCACAGAAAGGACAGGAAGUCUGAUCCUUUUUCCUUAACAGCUGUAACCACUGCAACACCCGACCUCAGACUGCUUUAUGACACAACUACACUAAAACUGGCAAAAUAGCACCCCUGGUGGUCAAACUUGUAACAUUUGAUUAUCAAUUGUUGAAAAUUAACAAUGUUGAGCAUUGGCCAGCUAUUUGACCCUGCAAGAUUGAGCAGUCUUUAAGAUGCCAAAUUUUCAAAAUAGAAUCCUCCCAUGAAGUAUCAUCUGCUAUCUUCCUUCAGCUUUUUGUCCAUCCUGUUUAACUUUUUCUUUUUUACAUGUAACUUUUAAUAGGAACUUGCUGGAUGUAGAACACUGUGUUAAGACCACAGACAGGAUAAACAAUGACUAAAGCUUGUGGAUGUGAAAAGCAAACCUGCAUUCUUUUUUUUCUAAUGAUCACCAAGGCCAAGUACCUGUAGUUCUUUAGUCUGUGUGAAACCUGACCCCUGACCUCCGUAGACACGUUCCCGAUUAGUUUAGGGGCUCAGUCAUUUGUUUGAGUGAUUUAAAUAUGAAGUCCUGAUUACUAAGGAUAUACUAAUGACUGAUUGACAGGUCAUUAGCCAAUAAUGGGGCAGUUUCACAGUAAGCUCCAGCUCUCACUCUGUUUUAAAACAGCAAGAUGGCUGCAGCAAAAACAUUCAAAGCUUCAUAAUAUGAUUGUAAACUGACUGCAAAAGUCCUUAUCUGAUCUUCAAGGGGGAUCAUCUGAGUCCAUGAUCUAAACAUAUACAAAUAAGCUGCUCAUGAAUCAGGGUGAUCACCUGGCAUACUGUCUCCUUGCAUGGUUUUCCAGCUGCACAGGAGCACAGAAGAGAGCACUACGCAGGGCUGUACAGGUUGCCUAGCAGAUCGUCAGAUAUCCUCUCCUCCUCUUUUCUCAGGAAGAUUAACAAAUUCCUUCCAGGCCCAUAACAUUCUGGUCAUGUACUGUUUCAACAUCUACCUUCAGGCAGACGUUUCAGCUCCAUUAUCCAGCGGUUCAUCAGCUGUACGUCAGACUGUUAUCAAUAUGACAUCACUUCUAACCAUGUGCUGUUGUGAUUUUCCCCCAGGAUGCAUUGCUGUCUCUCAGAGGAAUGAAAAUGUCUAUGUGUCAGGGAUUUCUAAUGCCUGCAGUGAUGUGGCAGAGCUCCUACGGGCAUCCAGCGGUAUAAUCACCAGCCCCGGAUGGCCCUUCCAGUAUCCAGCCCGACUGAACUGCAGCUGGAAUAUCAGGGCGCGACCUGGAGAUGCCAUCACCAUCAGCUUCCAGGACUUUGACCUACAGGGUUCCCAUCGCUGCACCUCAGACUGGAUGUCCAUCAGCAGCUACAGGAACCUGGACGGACUCCGGGUUUGUGGCUCUUCCUUGCCACCACCCUACAUCUCCUCUCAGGACCAUUUGUGGAUCCACUUCCACUCGGAUGACAGCCUGACGGGAAAGGGCUUCAGACUGUCAUACAUCAGCGGUAAGCCGCUGGCAUCCAGCUGUGAUGUGGACCAGUUCCACUGCUCAAAUGGGAAGUGCAUCCCAGACUGGUGGCGCUGUAACUCGAUGGACGAAUGCGGCGACAAUUCAGAUGAGGAGAUGUGUGUGGACUCGCCGUUCUCCUUCCAGCCCUGCAGCCUGAACCAGUUCCCCUGCCUGUCUCGCUACACCCGCAUCUACACCUGCCUGCCCCACAGCCUGCGCUGCGACGGUAGCAUAGACUGCCAGGACCUUGGCGAUGAGAUAGACUGUGAUGUUCCCACCUGUGGCGAGUUGUUGAGGAACUUCUAUGGUUCUUUCAGCUCUCCAAACUAUCCUGAUUUCUACCCUCCAGGAAGUAACUGCACCUGGCUGAUUGACACUGGAGACCACCGAAAGGUUAUUCUAAGGUUCACAGAUUUUAAACUUGAUGGGACUGGCUAUGGCGACUAUGUCAAAGUCUAUGACGGGCUGGAGGAGAACCCCCGUCGCCUCCUCAGGGUGCUGACUGCCUUUGACUCCAGAGCGCCGGUCGCUGUAGUUUCAUCAUCCGGUCAGCUCCGAGUUCACUUCUACGCUGACAAGAUCAAUGCGGCCAGAGGCUUCAACGUCACCUACCAGGUGGAUGGGUUCUGCCUGCCCUGGGAGGUUCCAUGCGGGGGGAACUGGGGCUGUUACACCGAGCAGCAGCGCUGCGAUGGGUACUGGCACUGCCCCAACGGUCGGGAUGAGCUAAACUGCUCCUCUUGUCAGGAGGAUGAGUUCCCCUGCUCCAGAAAUGGAGCCUGUUACCCUCGGUCGGACCGCUGCAACUACCAGAACCGCUGCCCCAAUGGUUCUGAUGAGAAGAACUGCUUCUUCUGUCAGCCAGGAAACUUCCACUGUAAGAAUAAUCGCUGUGUGUUUGAGUCGUGGGUUUGUGACGCACAGGAUGACUGUGGGGAUGGCAGCGACGAGGAGAGUUGUCCUGUCAUUGUUCCCACACGAGUCAUCACAGCUGCCGUCAUUGGCAGCCUCAUCUGUGGCCUCUUAUUGGUCAUUGCCCUUGGUUGCACAUGCAAGCUGUACUCUCUGCGCAUGUUUGAACGCAGGUCAUUUGAGACCCAGCUGUCCAGAGUGGAGGCGGAGCUGCUGAGGAGGGAAGCCCCGCCCUCUUAUGGUCAGCUGAUUGCGCAGGGACUGAUCCCACCUGUGGAGGAUUUCCCAGUGUGCUCAGGGAGCCAGGCUUCUGUCCUGGAAAAUCUUCGUCUGGCGGUCCGCUCUCAGCUUGGCUUCACAUCCCUCAGGCUGCCUUCCUCUGGUCGUCGUAGCAACCUGUGGCGUCGCCUCUUUAAUUUCUCACGGUCCCGGCGCUCAGGUUCUUUGGCUCUGGUCUCUGCAGACCUGGAGGACAGCGCUGGCACUGGCAGCACCGGAAGCUCCGGCUCAGACCUGUUGUCUCCAGACUCGGAUGACACAGACACUGAGGGCGAGCGAGGGCGAGGCAUCAGUGCAGUGGGUGGACCUGUUGCACCCCUCCCCCAGAAGACCCCGCCUCCCUCCGCUGUAGAGGCUGUGCUUUCGGUGACACCUUCUGUGACCCUGACAUCUGGCCGAGACAAUGACAGGCCUAGAGAGGCCCUGCCCCCAUCCAGCCCUGUCACUAUAGUAACCUCCAGUCCAGAUCCCGAAUGUCACAGUGACACCUCUGACCUCCCUGCCCCAGCUGCCUCUGCCCUGCAGCGCCUGGCCCAAAACCUGCACCGCUUAGCUAGAAAUCUGACAAGAACAAGUCAGAACCAGCAGAGCCAGACCUGGACCAAUCAUAGCCCACUGCACCAGCUGGAGACAGGAAGAGGUGGGGUUGAAGUCACAGAGCGACGGGGGAGUGGAGAGGAAGACGAAGAUGUGGAGCUCCUGAUCCCCAUCUCUGACUCAGACUCCUCUUCCUCGUCCUUGCUUGUCAGCGACAUCCGACAACCUCUGCUCGAGUCAUACCCCUCCUCCACCGUGAACCAUGCCCCCCGCCAUCACAAUGGGAACAGUGGUCGAGGAGGGCGGGAUGGCCCCUGUGAACACUGCGGAAUGGUCCACACAGCUCAGAUCCCUGAUGCUUGCCUGGAAGCGACUGGCAAAACAGAGAGCAGUGAUGAUGAGCUGCUGCUGCUGUGCUAACAGGCUAACUGAAAGGCUAACGCUAGCCCUACUCCUUCAGUGUUCUAACUACACUAAGUGCAGCCGUAAGCCUGUCAGUUAGCAUGUUAACAACAUGCUAACUGACAGGAUAGCACUGCACAAUGCCACACAACUCACUCCUCAGACACUCAGAGGGGUGGGAUUAUUAUAUUAUAGCACCCUAGCUGGAUCUGUGAUGUCAAAGGUAAACAAACUGAGUGAUGUCACAAAUUGAAUUUUAUUUGGUACAACUUUAAAAACAGUCCCUCUGUUUCCCGGUCUGUCUGUUAAGGCACUGCCCACCUUAUGGUACGACUGAAUUGUAGAGCUCCCAAGCAGGAGAGGGUCAUUGACUGUUGGAGGCAGCCAAACGCUUCUUCUAAGGCCAGGCCACAUAUAGCCCUCCCCCAAAAAAGUUCAGUUGGCAUUUCCUUUACUCUCAUUGGUCCUUAUUUCAGUCACUGACAUCAGAGUUCAGGUUAUUUCCUUUGGUACUGCACACAAACUGAGGAAGAGCUGAGUUCAACAGGUUCUCCUGUCGCCUGCAGUCACUUGAGAGUGGUGCCAAGUACGAAGGAAUAUUAGGGCCACAUUAGGCAAAAACAUAUAUAUAUAUAUAUAUAUUAUUGAUUAUUUAGAUAAUAAACUCAUAAUUUUGAGAACAGUCAAAACGCGGAAAUCACAUUUUCAAUACAAACUGCCACGGCGUCUAUACCCUCUACAAAAUGCCUUGUGUAGCUGAGUUAGUGAAAUGACUUCAGAAUCGAUUUUCAUUAUAGAAACUUGUUUCUCUUUUAGCUCAUAAACAAAAUGACACUGAAGAGAUGGUGCCAGAAAGCUGCAUCUGGUCAGAAGGAAAAAAAAUACACAAACUUGAAAGAGUGGGUCGGAUUUGUGCAAAAUGAAAUGGCUGGCAAUGGACAGAUGCAAAGAUACCAAUGGUUGUAUCACAAAACACAAUAAGACGGAUCAUCUGUUUGUUUCACUAACUUAUCUGCACAAGCCAUUUUAUAGAGGAUAUGGGAGCCGUGGCAGUUUUUUGGCUUGAAAUAACUGUAAUCUCCACAUUUUGACUAUUUAAAAUUUAAAAUACUAUUUCAAGUUUGAGCUUACAUUUCAACUUUAAUCUAAAAAUGGACACUUUUUUUUUUUUAUUAAUGUGACCCUAAUACUUCAUCCUAUUCAAGAGACACUGGAUGAUUAGGUCAAAUAUUUGGUGUUUUGAGUAGGUGAAUGUUCAUUGGCUAUUGACGGUAAAGCACAAUGUGACAUGUUCAACAGUUGAGUUUGAUUUUAGAACCAGACCUAAAUUAUGUGACCCUCAUGUCCAGUUCAAAGAAAAGGAAAGUCAAAGGUCAGUGUUUACAGCUCACAUGGGACCUGAAGGGUUUGGUACAGCGGAGGAUCAGAACUCGAGUCAGACUUACCUGAAUUAUAAAGGUUUUGUAGCCCCGCCCAUCGUCACUACUCCUAGACUGAAGCCAUUUCUGAUGUUUGUUACAGUUUUUGGUACUCAGCUGACCUUGUGUGUGUGUGUGUGUGUGUGACUAUGUAUAUUUAUUAUUAUUAUUAUUAUUAUUCAUGAUGUGGUUAUUAUUGUUGUAGUUAUUAUUCUUGUUGUUGUGGUUUUGCUGUUUUCUGGCCUGCAUGAAUUUGGCCAUUUCGUGUUUUUCUUUGUAGUUAAAAACUGAUAAACUGCACUAAACAUUAAAGGUUCACCUCCAGUGUC